ACAGUACCAUUAUGACUGCACAUUAAGGUCAUGCACCUCAAAAUAGUCACCAAAAAAAAAAAAUAUUCAUAAGAUAUAGGGGAGAAAGAAGCAGAGGAAAAGAAGACAGCACGUUGAAGAGAUGGACAAUGAAGGAAAAGUAGAAGAAACUGAAUUGGCAGGACAUGUAGUGGGCAUUGGCAAUCUCUGGAGGUUCCCCUACCUCUGCUACAAGAAUGGAGGGGGGGCAUUCCUGGUGCCAUAUGUGGUGUUUGUGCUGACCUGUGGGAUACCACUUUUCCUUCUGGAGACGGCUAUGGGACAGUACACGCAACAGGGUGGCAUCACAUGCUGGCAUCGCAUCUGCCCACUGGCGCAAGGUGUUGGCUAUGCAGGUCAGAUUCUUCAAAUAUAUGGCAGGGUGUAUAUGAUGAUCCUGGCCUGGGCGCUGUUCUACCUAGUCUUCUCCUUCAGCUCCCAGCUGCCCUGGGCCAGCUGUGACAACAGCUGGAACACAGCUGCUUGUAAUGUCAUUGGAGGAAACCUGGCUCUCAACAGAACAGGACUAGCCAAUUCAACAUCAGCUGCCACUGAAUUCUGGGAGCGCAGAGUGCUGUCCAUCUCUACGGGCAUUGAUGAUGUGGGAAAGUUCAGCUGGGAGCUUUUCCUCUGUCUGCUUGCAGUGUGGAUCAUUUGCUAUUUUUGCGUCUGGAAAGGAAUCAAAUCAUCUGGCAAGGUGGUGUACUUCACGGCCACGUUCCCCUACGUGAUGCUGUUGGUGUUGCUGGUUCGAGGGCUGACUCUGCCUGGAGCUCUGCAGGGAAUUGUGUUCUAUGUUUAUCCUGACCUCCAGCGACUGUUGGAUCCACAGGUGUGGAUGGAAGCUGGGACCCAGGUCUACUACUCAUACAGCACAGGUGUGGGUGUACUGACUGUGCUGGGCAGCUACAACACAUACAACAACAACUGUUACAGGGAUUGCUUCAUGCUAUGCCUGCUGAACAGUUGUACCAGUAUAGUGGCAGGCUUUGCUGUGUUCUCAACUUUGGGCUUCAUGGCUCAUGAAUGUGGAAAACCUAUACAGGAUGUGGCAGAAUCAGGACCUGGCCUAGGUUUCAUAGCUUAUCCACAGGCAGCAGCUAUGAUACCUCUGCCUCAGCUUUGGGCUGUAUGCUUCUUCAUUAUGCUCAUUCUCCUGUGCGUGGACACGCAGUUUGUUGCUCUGGAAGCGAUCAUUACAUCCAUGACUGAUGUGUUCCCCCGACUACUGCGCAAAACUGGACGCAGAGAACUGUUCCUCCUUUUCUUCUGCCUCAUUUGCUUCUUCAGUCAACUCAUCAUGGUCUCAGAGGCAGGGAUGUACUGGUUUCAGCUGAUUGACUACUAUGCCUCUAGUGGAGCCUGCAUCUUGUUCCUUGCUAUAUUUCAGUCCGUGGCCAUUGGCUGGAUCUUUGGGGCUGAACGCUUGUGUGAUGUGAUAGAAGAUAUGACUGGCUCAUACCCUAACUUCAUCUUUAGGCUGUGCUGGAAAUACAUCACUCCUCUCGUCUCAAUGGUCACAUUCAUAUAUUAUCUGGUGGACUUCAAGCCUUUGAAGUAUAACCGCAGGUACAUGUAUCCAGGUUGGGCGUAUGCGCUGGGCUGGCUUCUGGUUCUCUCCUCCAUCUUGAUGGUGCCUGGUUGGGCACUUGGCGGCUUGUGGACUGUAAAAGGGAGCCUCAGACAGCGCUGGCUUCACCUAUGCAGCCCUGAUGAAAACCUCCCCCUAACCCAAAAACAGAGGGCCAAAAUACAGGACGUGACUUCAGCUGCAGAGAUGGAGGACUUGAUGGUCAGAGCCAAUGCAUAG